AACCCGAGCCCGGCAUGGCGGAGCAGCGCCUUCCGGUGCCCCGGCUUCGGGGCGUCUCGCGGGAGCAGUUCGUGGAGCAUCUCUACCCGCAGAGAAAGCCUCUUGUGUUGGAAGGACUGGACUUGGGAUCUUGUACAAGCAAAUGGACAGUGGAUUACCUGAGCCAAGCUGGGGGGACGAAAGAAGUGAAGGUUCACGUUGCUGCGGUCGCACAGAUGGACUUCAAAACAUUACCAUUUAACAAGCUGGUCCAGAGAGCAGCCGAAGAAACGCAUAAAGAAUUCUUUAUUUCAGAGGAUGAGAAAUACUACUUACGGUCACUUGGAGAAGACCCGAGGAAGGAUGUUGCAGAUAUCAGACAGCAGUUUCCAUCAUUAGGAGGAGAUAUUAAGUUUCCAAUAUUCUUUGAAGAGGAGCAGUUCUUUUCCAGUGUUUUUCGAAUUAGUUCACCUGGAUUGCAACUCUGGACUCACUAUGAUGUAAUGGAUAACUUUUUAAUACAAGUAACAGGAAAGAAGCGAGUUACACUGUUCAGUCCUCGAGAUGCACACUAUUUGUAUUUAUCAGGUUCUAAAUCAGAAGUGCUGAAUAUUGACAGUCCAGACCUGGAUAAAUACCCACUCUUUGCUAAGGCGAGGAGGUAUGAGUGUUUCCUUGAGGCUGGUGAUGCUCUGUUCAUU